AAUGAAGGUCAAGUUUGGUUGAGAGAUGUGAAUGGAGCUUGGAGGAGAAUGGUCCAGGCGUGAGUCAGAUCCGUGACGCUGGCAGAGAGAAAAGGACUAGGCGCAGCAUCCCUCCAUACUCCAUCACAUUUCUCCCAACACGACGCUGACAACAACGACCGAAAGAAGAGGGACAGGAAAUCACGAUUUUGGCUUGUUUUCAGGCCCAAUCACAUUAAACAGAAUGACUAAAGAGGAAACUUCUGAGGUGGAAGAGGCAAAACCAGCCUCAGAGUUCAUCAGCCCUGUUCAUGAACCCCGCAAGAAACCCAUCGUGCAUCCAUCUGCACAGGCUCCACUGCCCAAGGACUAUGCGUUCACCUUCUUUGACCCAAAUGACCCAGCCUGUAUGGAAAUUCUGAUUGACCCUCUGACCACAAUCCCAGAACUAUUCGCCAUCGUCCGCCAGUGGGUCCCACAAGUUCAGCACAAGAUCGAUAUCAUAGGCAAUGAGAUUUUAAAGCGAGGUUGCCAUGUCAAUGACCGCGACGGCCUGACGGAUAUGACUCUUCUCCACUACUGCUGCAAAGCGGGAGCUCAUGGUGUGGGUGAUCCCGAGGCAGCAUUCCGGCUGUCCAAUCAGCUCAUAUCCCUGGGUGCUGAUGUGAGUCUGCGCAGUCGUUGGACCAACAUGAACGCUCUCCAUUAUGCAGCUUACUUCGAUGUGCCAGAACUGAUCCGCGUUUUGCUCAAAGCCUCCAAGCCUAAAGUGCUUAACUCCACCUGUAGUGAUUUUUAUCAUGGCACAGCACUGCACAUCGCUGCCUCCAACCUCUGCCUGGGUGCUGUCAAGUGUCUGCUGGAACAUGGAGCCAACCCAUCUGUCAGAAAUGAUAAAGGUCAAGGACCUGCCGAGGUCGUCCCUGACCCCAUGGAAAUGAGUCUGGAUAAGGCAGAGGCUGCUAUGGUGGCCAAAGAGCUAAAGCAGUUGCUGUUGGACGCAGUGCCGCUCAGCUGUAACCUUCCCCGUGUAACCCUGCCCAACUAUGACAACAUCCCCGGCAACCUCAUGCUCUCCUCCCUGGGCCUCAAACUUGGGGACCGUGUGGUGCUGGACGACACUAAGCAGACUGGCACCCUCCGUUUCUGUGGCACCACUGAGUUUGCCAGUGGGCAGUGGGUGGGCAUUGAACUGGACGAGCCCGAGGGCAAGAAUGAUGGGAGUGUGGGUGGGAUCCGCUAUUUUAUCUGCUCCCAAAAACAAGGUAUCUUCGCCCCUGUGUCAAAAAUCAGCAAAGUUGUUGAACAGACCCCCUCUUUUGUCACCUCCACCCCAAAAACCCCUCGCAUGGAUUUGUCUCACAUGACCGGCAUGAUCAAGAAAGAGAAAAAAGAGAACGAUCGUGAGAAGAUUCAGAGAAAGAAGUCUCUGACUGGGGGUUUUGAUCCUGAUGGAGUCACAGUUGAAGUUGGGGAUCAGGUGCUGGUGGCCGGCCAAAAGCAAGGAAUUGUCCGCUUUUUUGGAAAGACAGACUUUGCUCCUGGAUAUUGGUUUGGUGUGGAGUUGGAGCAGCCCACUGGAAAGCAUGACGGCAGUGUAUUUGGAGUGCGUUACUUCCACUGUUUGCCCAAAUAUGGGGUUUUUGCACCACCAUCCCGUGUUCAGAGAAUCGGAGGGCCUAAAGAACCCCAGGGGGAUGGGACACUAGUGAAGAAAGUCCACCAGGUGACUAUGUCUCAGCCGAAGCGUAACUUUAAUGCGGUGCGAUCUCCGAAAGACAUAACGUCUGAGAGUUCCAUAUCCAGUAGGUUGCUGUUCUGUUGCUGGUUUCCCUGGAUGCUCCGUGCAGAGAUGCAGUCCUAAAUCCCCUGGUUGCAUCUUUAAUUCUAUUUCCCUUUCUUUCUGUUCCUCCUCAAGAUGAAAUCUCACCCCCUUCUGUGUAUGUCCAUUAUUCAUAAGUGCUUUUCUCUGUGAACUACCCAGACUGCUGUCAGAGGCAUGGUUGUAAACCCCCUCCUCCCACUCCUUUGACAGCAAUUCAAUAGCAAAAAAUAGUGCCUUGUGAAGUAACUAAUGUCCUGAAUUCCGAUUAUUAAAACAGAGACAAAUAAACAAUCUUUUAUUAAAUCUAAAUAAGGGAAAAUCAUCCCCACUAAAAGCCAUUCAUAUCUCUGUAUCUGCUUGGGUUUUACACUGUGGAUAGAUUAUUGGCAGUAUUCAAGCUUGUUAACUCAGUUAACACAUGUUACAAACAAGCAUGCUAUUAGGCUUCGUUGCUUUAAUUUAAGGUGCUUUUUGUUUCAUUUUGUUUUGAAACUUGUUGUUGCUGUAUUGUGCACCUCUACUGUCUUAAAUUUCAAUAUUUUAUAGCAAACUUUGGCUAGGUCCCUAAGCUUCAAAUGCCUUGGAUUUAUUCAGUUUUAGUAGGUGACUUAAAUGUUUUGUGAACAUUUUUUUAGAAAUUAUUUUUUCAUUACAGUGUUUACUGAAAAACUACUGAAAAUAUUGAUGCUGCCUAUGUGACAAAUAGAACAGGGAUUUACAAUGUUUUCUUUAUUCACAAUGACCUUUAUGAAAUUGUGUAGAUCAAAGUAAAAAAUAUGUUGCAUGACAUUUGCAGGCAUGGGCACGCUUUACAGUGCUUAAACUGUUCUGAAAUGAGAUGAGAGGCCUGCUUUAGAUAUUAUUAGCUAAUUAAUCACUUGUAAUUUAAUUAAAAUCUACCACAGAGCCUAAAGGUAAGCUACAUGUUAUCUUAAAGGCUAAAUUAUCAAUUACUCCAAAUUACAUAGGCCUAUUGUUAGAACCAUGAUACAGGCUUCUACUUGACCAACAUGCUAAUAAUGCAACUUCUAAAGGGUAUGCACAUUUGAGAAUAGGCAAAGUCAAAGUUACAUGCACAAUCUACAUUCUUGACCUGUAAUAAAAAAAUUAGGUAGACAAAAUUAAAGGAUUCUUUUAAAUUCUCUAUACACAAUUAAAAGAAUUAAACCACAAUCAUAUUUCUCUCACCAAAAUAUGGGAAUUCAAGUUCAUAUGCUUUGUUGUUAUGUGCUUUAAAUUGAAGUACCAUUUGCACCUUUUUGUCACAAGUUACAGGCCAGACAAGUUUUAUGCAUUGUUGUCCUUCACAACACUCUAGUCUUCAAUAGCUAUCCCUUCUCACUCUCCAUCUUUCAUUUGAAACAUUGAUCAGUUUUGUGUAUGCUCUUCUUUAAAAUUCUGAUCGUGAAAAAGUAUGUGCUUAUUAUAUUGUAAUCAAGUGUGUGAGUAAAAACAGCAAUAUUUACUCUGUCAACUUGCAUAUGAAUAUGGAUAGAACUUUGUCUACUUUAUUUCCACCUAUGGAAGCACAGCAUGAGAAAAAGUGUCUGCCCCUUAUAGACAAUCUGGGACCAAACAAUAUUAGGUAAAAUCAUUAAAAUGAUCCUGGAGUGGGCAGAUUUUGUAAAGGACAGAUAAAAAAAACAAAAAAAAAACAAUGCUUUCCUCAUGUGCUCUCCUUGACAACUUUCUUGUGAACACUUGGUGAACUUCACUGAUCUGCAAAAAAAAAAAAGAAAAAAAAAAGAGCAAAUUGCAAAAUUUAAAAUGUACUGCUUGAACAGGUCUGAAUGGCUUUCGAUUUCUUCAGCCACCAUGCCAUUAGUCAUUGAAGAAUUACAGAAUUUGUGUAAUACUGUAGGUUUAGCAUUGACACAGUAGUGAUUAGAAUAGUAUUCUUCUAAUGGAGUACAUGAAAUUUCAACUCACAACAAACUUGUGCAUUAUCAUUUUGACAAAACCUGUUGUGACUUGUAGAGUAUGUUGCUUAAAGUUAUACAAAUCAUCAAUAUCUCAAUGUUAAAAAAAGAAUAUGAUUUACCUUAAUUUCAGCACGUCACAUUACAUUUUUGAUGCCAAAAGGAAAACAAAAAGGUAUGUAAAAAAGGUGUGUAAAUUGAUCAUUUUGUAUGUAAUUAUCUCAAAUUGACUGGCUCUCCCUCCCCACUUUCAAGUUUCAAGUUUGUAACAUCUGCCAUUUUCAGCAAAGCUUUUUGUCAAUUUCUAUCCAGUUGUGUAAUUGGUAUAGUUGACUUCUAGUCAUUUGUUUGUCCAAGAAAAUAUAUAUUUUAAUAAUUUCACAAUGUACUUUUUUAACGUUCUGUGAUUUGUGUUUUCAUGUUAACAAUACUCUGUAAAUCGGAUUAAUAUGGAUAUUCAUGAAUUCAGUUCUGGAUUUGAUGGACAACAUACAGUAACUGUACUGCAUGCUGUGUAUACUUUUGCGGGUUUCUUUUUCCUAUAGUGUAUCAGCAUGAAACAGCUUAUUAAUUACUACAAGUGAAACGCUAUCCUGACUAUGGAUAUAUGACUAAUAAACAUUUAGUGUUUAUA